AUGACUCUGACCCUGAAGUUUCUAUAUGACUCUGACCUGAGAAUUCUUUAUGACUCUGACCUGAAGUUUCUAUAUGACUCUGACCUGAAGUUUCUAUAUGACUCUGACCAUGACCUGAAGUUUCUAUAUGACUCUGACCUGAAGUUUCUAUAUGACUCUGACCUGAAGUUUCUAUAUGACUCUGACCAUGACCUGAAGUUUCUAUAUGACUCUGACCUGAAGUUUCUUUAUGACUCUGACCUGAAGUUUCUAUAUGACUCUGACCUGAAGUUUCUACAUGACUCUGACCUGAAGUUUCUAUAUGACUCUGACCAUGACCUGAAGUUUCUAUAUGACUCUGACCUGAAGUUUCUUUAUGACUCUGACCUGAAGUUUCUUUAUGACUCUGACCUGAAGUUUCUUUAUGACUCUGACCUGAAGUUUCUAUAUGACUCUGACCUGAAGUCUCUAUAUGACUCUGACCUGAAGUUUCUUUAUGACUCUGACCUGAAGUUUCUUUAUGACUCUGACCUGAAGUUUCUAUAUGACUCUGACCAUGACCUGAAGUUUCUAUAUGACUCUGAUCUGAAGUUUCUAUAUGACUCUGACCUGAAGUUUCUUUAUGACUCUGACCUGAAGUUUCUUUAUGACUCUGACCUGAAGUUUCUUUAUGACUCUGACCUGAAGUUUCUAUAUGACUCUGACCAUGACCUGAAGUUUCUUUAUGACUCUGACCUGAAGUUUCUUUAUGACUCUGACCUGAAGUUUCUAUAUGACUCUGACCAUGACCUGAAGUUUCUUUAUGACUCUGACCUGAAGUUUCUUUAUGACUCUGACCUGAAGUUUCUUUAUGACUCUGACCUGAAGUUUCUUUAUGACUCUGACCUGAAGUUUCUAUAUGACUCUGACCUGAAGUUUCUACAUGACUCUGACCUGAAGUUUCUACAUGACUCUGACCUGAAGUUUCUACAUGACUCUGACCUGAAGUUUCUAUAUGACUCUGACCUGAAGUUUCUUUAUGACUCUGACCUGAAGUUUCUACAUGACUCUGACCUGAAGUUUCUACAUGACUCUGACCUGAAGUUUCUAUAUGACUCUGACCUGAAGUUUCUUUAUGACUCUGACCUGAAGUUUCUAUAUGACUCUGACCUGAAGUUUCUAUAUGACUCUGACCUGAAGUUUCUAUAUAACUCUGACCUGAAGUUUCUAUAUGACUCUGAUCUGAAGUUUCUUUAUGACUCUGACCUGAAGUUUCUACAUGACUCUGACCUGAAGUUUCUAUAUGACUCUGACCUGAAGUUUCUACAUGACUCUGACCUGAAGUUUCUACAUGACUCUGACCUGAAGUUUCUAUAUGACUCUGACCUGAAGUUUCUAUAUGACUCUGACCUGAAGUUUCUAUAUGACUCUGACCAUGACCUGAAGUUUCUAUAUGACUCUGACCUGAAGUUUCUAUAUGACUCUGACCAUGACCUGAAGUUUCUAUAUGACUCUGACCUGAAGUUUCUAUAUGACUCUGACCAUGACCUGAAGUUUCUAUAUGACUCUGACCUGAAGUUUCUAUAUGACUCUGACCAUGACCUGAAGUUUCUAUAUGACUCUGACCAUGACCUGAAGUUUCUAUAUGACUCUGACCUGAAGUUUCUAUAUGACUCUGACCUGAAGUUUCUUUAUGACUCUGACCUGAAGUUUCUUUAUGACUCUGACCUGAAGUUUCUUUAUGACUCUGACCUGAAGUUUCUAUAUGACUCUGACCUGAAGUUUCUUUAUGACUCUGACCUGAAUUUCUAUAUGACUGACCUGAAGUUUCUAUAUGACUCUGACCUGAAGUUUCUUUAUGACUCUGACCUGAAGUUUCUUUAUGACUCUGACCUGAAGUUUCUUUAUGACUCUGACCUGAAGUUUCUUUAUGACUCUGACCUGAAGUUUCUAUAUGACUCUGACCAUGACCUGAAGUUUCUAUAUGACUCUGACCUGAAGUUUCUAUAUGACUCUGACCAUGACCUGAAGUUUCUAUAUGACUCUGACCUGAAGUUUCUAUAUGACUCUGACCUGAAGUUUCUAUAUGACUCUGACCUGAAGUUUCUUUAUGACUCUGACCUGAAGUUUCUAUAUGACUCUGACCUGAAGUUUCUAUAUGACUCUGACCUGAAGUUUCUUUAUGACUCUGACCUGAAGUUUCUAUAUGACUCUGACCUGAAGUUUCUACAUGACUCUGACCUGAAGUUUCUAUAUGACUCUGACCAUGACCUGAAGUUUCUAUAUGACUCUGACCUGAAGUUUCUUUAUGACUCUGACCUGAAGUUUCUUUAUGACUCUGACCUGAAGUUUCUUUAUGACUCUGACCUGAAGUUUCUAUAUGACUCUGACCUGAAGUCUCUAUAUGACUCUGACCUGAAGUUUCUUUAUGACUCUGACCUGAAGUUUCUUUAUGACUCUGACCUGAAGUUUCUAUAUGACUCUGACCAUGACCUGAAGUUUCUAUAUGACUCUGAUCUGAAGUUUCUAUAUGACUCUGACCUGAAGUUUCUUUAUGACUCUGACCUGAAGUUUCUUUAUGACUCUGACCUGAAGUUUCUUUAUGACUCUGACCUGAAGUUUCUAUAUGACUCUGACCAUGACCUGAAGUUUCUUUAUGACUCUGACCUGAAGUUUCUUUAUGACUCUGACCUGAAGUUUCUUUAUGACUCUGACCUGAAGUUUCUUUAUGACUCUGACCUGAAGUUUCUUUAUGACUCUGACCUGAAUUUCUAUAUGACUGACCUGAAGUUUCUUUAUGACUCUGACCUGAAGUUUCUAUAUGACUCUGACCUGAAGUUUCUACAUGACUCUGACCUGAAGUUUCUAUAUGACUCUGACCAUGACCUGAAGUUUCUAUAUGACUCUGACCUGAAGUUUCUUUAUGACUCUGACCUGAAGUUUCUUUAUGACUCUGACCUGAAGUUUCUUUAUGACUCUGACCUGAAGUUUCUAUAUGACUCUGACCUGAAGUCUCUAUAUGACUCUGACCUGAAGUUUCUUUAUGACUCUGACCUGAAGUUUCUUUAUGACUCUGACCUGAAGUUUCUAUAUGACUCUGACCAUGACCUGAAGUUUCUAUAUGACUCUGAUCUGAAGUUUCUAUAUGACUCUGACCUGAAGUUUCUUUAUGACUCUGACCUGAAGUUUCUUUAUGACUCUGACCUGAAGUUUCUUUAUGACUCUGACCUGAAGUUUCUAUAUGACUCUGACCAUGACCUGAAGUUUCUUUAUGACUCUGACCUGAAGUUUCUUUAUGACUCUGACCUGAAGUUUCUUUAUGACUCUGACCUGAAGUUUCUUUAUGACUCUGACCUGAAGUUUCUUUAUGACUCUGACCUGAAGUUUCUACAUGACUCUGACCUGAAGUUUCUAUAUGACUCUGACCUGAAGUUUCUAUAUGACUCUGACCUGAAGUUUCUAUAUGACUCUGACCUGAAGUUUCUACAUGACUCUGACCUGAAGUUUCUACAUGACUCUGUCCUGAAGUUUCUAUAUGACUCUGACUUGAAGUUUCUAUAUGACUCUGACCUGAAGUUUCUACAUGACUCUGACCUGAAGUUACUAUAUGACUCUGACCUGAAGUUUCUAUAUGACUCUGACCUGAAGUUUCUACAUGACUCUGACCUGAAGUUUCUACAUGACUCUGACCUGAAGUUUCUAUAUGACUCUGACCUGAAGUUUCUUUAUGACUCUGACCUGAAGUUUCUAUAUGACUCUGAUCUGAAGUUUCUAUAUGACUCUGACCUGAAGUUUCUAUAUGACUCUGACCUGAAGUUUCUAUAUGACUCUGAUCUGAAGUUUCUUUAUGACUCUGACCUGAAGUUUCUACAUGACUCUGACCUGAAGUUUCUACAUGACUCUGACCUGAAGUUUCUAUAUGACUCUGACCUGAAGUUUCUAUAUGACUCUGACCUGAAGUUUCUACAUGACUCUGACCUGAAGUUUCUACAUGACUCUGACCUGAAGUUUCUAUAUGACUCUGACCUGAAGUUUCUAUAUGACUCUGACCUGAAGUUUCUAUAUGACUCUGACCUGAAGUUUCUACAUGACUCUGACCUGAAGUUUCUACAUGACUCUGUCCUGAAGUUUCUAUAUGACUCUGACUUGAAGUUUCUUUAUGACUCUGACCUGAAGUUUCUAUAUGACUCUGACCAUGACCUGAAGUUUCUAUAUGACUCUGACCUGAAGUUUCUUUAUGACUCUGACCUGAAGUUUCUACAUGACUCUGACCUGAAGUUACUAUAUGACUCUGACCUGAAGUUUCUUUAUGACUCUGACCUGAAGUUUCUACAUGACUCUGACCUGAAGUUUCUACAUGACUCUGACCUGAAGUUUCUAUAUGACUCUGACCUGAAGUUUCUUUAUGACUCUGACCUGAAGUUUCUAUAUGACUCUGACCUGAAGUUUCUAUAUGACUCUGACCUGAAGUUUCUAUAUGACUCUGACCUGAAGUUUCUAUAUGACUCUGACCUGAAGUUUCUACAUGACUCUGACCUGAUGUUUCUACAUGACUCUGACCUGAAGUUUCUACAUGACUCUGACCUGAAGUUUCUAUAUGACUCUGACCUGAAGUUUCUAUAUGACUCUGACCUGAAGUUUCUACAUGACUCUGACCUGAAGUUUCUAUAUGACUCUGACCUGAAGUUUCUAUAUGACUCUGACCUGAAGUUUCUACAUGACUCUGACCUGAAGUUUCUACAUGACUCUGACCUGAAGUUUCUAUAUGACUCUGACCUGAAGUUUCUAUAUGACUCUGACCUGAAGUUUCUAUAUGACUCUGACCUGAAGUUUCUAUAUGACUCUGACCAUGACCUGAAGUUUCUAUAUGACUCUGACCUGAAGUUUCUAUAUGACUCUGACCAUGACCUGAAGUUUCUAUAUGACUCUGACCUGAAGUUUCUAUAUGACUCUGACCAUGACCUGAAGUUUCUAUAUGACUCUGACCUGAAGUUUCUAUAUGACUCUGACCUGAAGUUUCUACAUGACUCUGACCUGAUGUUUCUACAUGACUCUGACCUGAAGUUUCUACAUGACUCUGACCUGAAGUUUCUAUAUGACUCUGACCUGAAGUUUCUAUAUGACUCUGACCUGAAGUUUCUACAUGACUCUGACCUGAAGUUUCUAUAUGACUCUGACCUGAAGUUUCUAUAUGACUCUGACCUGAAGUUUCUACAUGACUCUGACCUGAAGUUUCUACAUGACUCUGACCUGAAGUUUCUAUAUGACUCUGACCUGAAGUUUCUAUAUGACUCUGACCAUGACCUGAAGUUUCUAUAUGACUCUGACCUGAAGUUUCUAUAUGACUCUGACCAUGACCUGAAGUUUCUAUAUGACUCUGACCUGAAGUUUCUUUAUGACUCUGACCUGAAGUUUCUUUAUGACUCUGACCUGAAGUUUCUAUAUGACUCUGACCAUGACCUGAAGUUUCUAUAUGACUCUGACCUGAAGUUUCUAUAUGACUCUGACCUGAAGUUUCUAUAUGACUCUGACCUGAAGUUUCUAUAUGACUCUGACCAUGACCUGAAGUUUCUAUAUGACUCUGACCUGAAGUUUCUUUAUGACUCUGACCUGAAGUUUCUUUAUGACUCUGACCUGAAGUUUCUUUAUGACUCUGACCUGAAGUUUCUUUAUGACUCUGACCUGAAGUUUCUUUAUGACUCUGACCUGAAGUUUCUAUAUGACUCUGACCUGAAGUUUCUUUAUGACUCUGACCUGAAGUUUCUUUAUGACUCUGACCUGAAGUUUCUUUAUGACUCUGACCUGAAGUUUCUUUAUGACUCUGACCUGAAGUUUCUUUAUGACUCUGACCUGAAGUUUCUUUAUGACUCUGACCUGAAGCCAAUAUACACCUCUGGAACUCUCUCCUCCCUCACCUCUGGAACUCUCUCCUCCCUCACCUCUGGAACUCUCUCCCCCCUCACCUCUGGAACUCUCUCCUCCCUCACCUCUGGAACUCUCUCCUCCCUCACCUCUGGAACUCUCUCCUCCCUCACCUCUGGAACUCUCUCCUCCCUCACCUCUGGAACUCUCUCCCCCCUCACCUCUGGAACUCUCCCUCCCUCACCUCUGGAACUCUCUCCUCCCUCACCUCUGGAACUCUCUCCUCCCUCACCUCUGGAACUCUCUCCCCCCUCACCUCUGGAACUCUCUCCCCCCCUCACCUCUGGAACUCUCUCCCCCCUCACCUCUGGAACUCUCUCCCCCCUCACCUCUGGAACUCUCUCCCCCCUGACCUCUGGAACUCUCUCCCCCCUCACCUCUGGAACUCUCUCCUCCCUCACCUCUGGAACUCUCUCCCCCCUGACCUCUGGAACUCUCUCCCCCCUCACCUCUGGAACUCUCUCCUCCCUCACCUCUGGAACUCUCUCCUCCCUCACCUCUGGAACUCUCUCCCCCCUGACCUCUGGAACUCUCUCCCCCCUCACCUCUGGAACUCUCUCCUCCCUCACCUCUGGAACUCUCUCCCCCCUCACCUCUGGAACUCUCUCCCCCCUCACCUCUGGAACUCUCUCCCCCCUCACCUCUGGAACUCUCUCCCCCCCUCACCUCUGGAACUCUCUCCUCCCUCACCUCUGGAACUCUCUCCUCUCUCACAUCUGGAACUCUCUCCUCCCUCACCUCUGGAACUCUCUCCCCCCCUCACCUCUAGAACUCUCUCCCCCUCACCUCUGGAACUCUCUCCUUCCUCACCUCUGGAACUCUCUCCCCCCUCACCUCUGGAACUCUCUCCUCCCUCACCUCUGGAACUCUCUCCUCCCUCACCUCCGGAACUCUCUCCUCCCUCACCUCUGGAACUCUCUCCUCCCUCACCUCUGGAACUCUCUCCUCACUCACCUCUGGAACUCUCUCCUCCCUCACCUCUGGAACUCUCUCCUCCCUCACCUCUGGAACUCUCUCCUCACUCACCUCUGGAACUCUCCUCCCUCACCUCUGGAACUCUCUCCUCACUCACCUCUGGAACUCUCUCCUCACUCACCUCUGGAACUCUCUCCUCCCUCACCUCUGGAACUCUCUCCUCCCUCACCUCUGGAACUCUCUCCUCCCUCACCUCUGGAACUCUCUCCUCCCUCACCUCUGGAACUCUCUCCUCCCUCACCUCUGGAACUCUCUCCCCCCUCACCUCUGGAACUCUCUCCCCCCCUCACCUCUGGAACUCUCUCCCCCCUCACCUCUGGAACUCUUUCCUCCCUCACCUCUGGAACUCUCUCCUCCCUCACCUCUGGAACUCUCUCCUCCCUCACCUCUGGAACUCUCUCCCCCCUCACCUCUGGAACUCUUUCCUCCCUCACCUCUGGAACUCUCUCCCCCCUCACCUCUGGAACUCUUUCCUCCCUCACCUCUGGAACUCUCUCCUCCCUCACCUCUGGAACUCUCUCCUCCCUCACCUCUGGAACUCUCUCCCCCCUCACCUCUGGAACUCUUUCCUCCCUCACCUCUGGAACUCUCUCCUCCCUCACCUCUGGAACUCUCUCCUCUGGAACUGUCCAAUCACAGAGCAGCACACUGAAGCGCACGCUUACAAACCACUGCUUAGUCAAGAGUCCCUAA